AUGGAGUACCCUUUUUGGAGUAAAGAAAAUGGUACUGGUUAUUGGGUCAUGCCAAGUGGUCAGAUGGAGGGUAUGGCUGUGCAGUUGAUGGAUAAUGAUGAGAGGUCCUCUAAUUCAAAGGACUCGUUAACUAAUGUUGCAGAAUUGAUGAAUUUUGAUGCAUAUGCUGGAUGGUGCAACAACCCCGGUAAUGCAAGGGAUCACAUGUUUCCCUCUUUUGCCAUGUCACCUAUGAGUUCAACAUCUACAAAUUUCUCACCCUUUGAUGGAAUAGAAAACUAUAAUUUAGGAGUUUCCAUGGCAGAAGGUGGUAUGAUUGGAACUACGUUCAGUGAGGGAGCUAAAAUGAUGUUUCAGCAAAUGGACAGCCAAUUGUGUUUUCCUAUGGAUUCUACAGAUUAUGGGGUCAAUGUGACUAAUAAUCGAGAUAAGAGCUUGAACCAAAGAACUGCAGCUACUGAUGUAGAAAACAUUGCAAUCCCAAGGACUCCAACUCCAUUAAUGGCUGAAAAGAUGCUCAGAGCAUUAAAUUUAUUUAAAGAGUGGUCUGAAGGCGGUAUUCUUGCCCAAGUUUGGGUUCCAAUUAAGAAUGGAGAUCAAUACAUCUUGAGCACUUCUGAACAACCUUAUUUACUCGACCAAACUCUCUCUGGAUAUCGUGAAGUGUCCAGAUUAUUUACUUUUGCAACAGAAUCAAAACCAGGUUCUUUCCCAGGGCUUCCUGGCCGUGUAUUUACCUCGAAAAUUCCAGAAUGGACUUCAAAUGUGAUGUACUACAAUAAGGCUGAGUACUUGCGGGUACAACAUGCAAUUCAUCACGAAGUCCGUGGAUCUAUUGCUCUGCCCGUGUUUGAGGAUGAUUCUCAUGAUGCGUCAUGUUGUGCAGUGCUUGAACUGGUUACAAUGAAGGAGAAACCCAAUUUUGAUUCAGAGAUGGAAAAUGUUUGUCGUGCCCUCCAGGCAGUGAAGCUAAGGAGCACUGUACCACCUAAACUUCAUUCCCAGUGCCUCACCCAGAAUCAAAGGGCAGCUUUAGCUGAGAUCACAGAUGUUUUAAGAGCUGUUUGCCAUGCACAUAGGUUACCUCUUGCACUCACAUGGAUUCCUUGCAGUUACACAGCGGGGGUUGGAGAAGAUACUAUAAAAAUAAGCAGUCGGGGAUGUAAUUCGUAUUAUGACGAAAGAUGUUUACUAUGCAUUGAGAAGACUGCUUGUUAUGUGAAUGACAAUGGCAUGAACGGAUUUGUGCAUGCAUGUGCAGAGCAUUAUCUUGAGGAAGGACAAGGUAUUGCUGGGAAAGCUCUUCAAUCAAAUCACCCCUUCUUUUACCCUGAUGUUAAGGAAUACCAUAUAAGUGACUAUCCACUUGUUCAUCAUGCUCGCAAAUUUGGUCUAAAUGCUGCUGUUGCAAUCAAGCUAAGAAGCACAUAUACUGGGGAUGCUGACUUUAUACUAGAGUUCUUUCUUCCUGUUGAUAUGAGAAGGAGUACAGAACAAGAUCUCUUGCUAAACAACCUCUCAAGUACCAUGCAAAGGAUCUGUAGAAGUUUAAGGACAGUCUCAGAUGCAGAACUACUUGGGGGAGAGGAUUCCAAGGUUGGUUUACUGGAUGGGGAAGCCCAAAACACAUCACCAAUUGCAUUGUCCAGGGGAAGCUCUCAACAAUCGCUUAUAAAUAGCAAUUUAGACUCCAAUCGGGAUAUCCUGAAUGUUUCUGAUGUAAAAACUCCUGAUGAGAUGGAAGCUCACAGUGCUCAUAAACAGAGGAUGGCUACAUCAAGGAGGCAGACAGAGAAGAAACGUAGCACAGCCGAGAAACAUGUCAGUUUAAGUGUUCUUCAGCAAUACUUUUCUGGGAGCCUUAAGGAUGCAGCAAAAAGCAUUGGUGUAUGUCCUACCACUCUCAAGAGGAUAUGUAGACAACAUGGCAUCUCAAGGUGGCCAUCUCGCAAAAUAAACAAAGUGAAUCGUUCUUUGAAGAAAAUACAAUGUGUGCUCAACUCUGUUCAGGGCAUGGAGGCAACAUUGAAGUUUGAUUCAAUUACGGGAGGUCUCGUGGCUGCUGGCUCUACCAACCAAGAGUUUGAACCAAAAAAGUGUUCUCUUAUCCCCGGUAUUAAUCAUCAUGUUACACACCCUGAUGCUGUUCCCCACUACACGAUCUCAGCACCUCCGACAUCUUGCAAGACCAGCACUGUGAAAAGGGAGGAGUCUUUUGUGGAUGGAAAUGAAAUGACUGGAAUAAAUGCUGUCAGUCCUAAUUCGAGUAGUGGGGAGUGCAUUUCGAAUGUGAUCCCAAAAAACUGUAAUGAGUCCGAACUAUGCACUAUGCCUUGGGUCACUUCUGCAAAGGCUCCCCAAGGUUCUUUUCUUGCUAGAGAAGAAUUCCCUAAAUGGGAGCUGAAUAACAGUGUCAACCUAGAUGCCCCUGAAGCUCAUUUUGUUUCUCAAAACUCAAUCUCCAUGGCUGCUGCUGAUGAGAUCGACACUAAAUGGAAAGGUGAUGAUGCAGUUACGGAAUAUAUCCAACCGACUUCCCCAGGCAGGACCGACUCAUCCAAUGGGUCCAGGUCAACGAUGAAUGUCAGUUCAUCUAGCUCAGGAAGUUUUUGCGAAAGGAAGCAUUCAAAGACUGAGGCAAGAUGUGGAGACAAUAGUUCAAAAAUUACAGUGAAAGCUGCUUAUAAGGAAGAUACAGUCCGGUUUAAAUUUGAGCCUACUGCAGGGUGUUUUCAACUCUAUGAAGAGGUAGCAAAGAGGUUUAAACUGAAAAUGGGGGAAUUCCAACUCAAGUAUCUUGAUGAUGAAGAGGAAUGGGUGAUGUUGGUAAACGACUCGGACUUGCAGGAAUGCCUCGAAAUUCUGGAUUUUGUUGGCAGUCGCACAGUUAAGUUUCUCGUUCGUGAUUUGCCUUGUGUUAUCAGUAGCUCAGGUAGCAGCAAUUGCUACUUGACUGGAAGCUCUUGA